AUGGCCUCCUCAACACACGCAGCAUUCGGGAUUCCCGAAAUCCUCGAGAUGAUUCUCCUCAACCUGGACAUGCGAACACUCCUUUGCAUUCAGCGAACAUGCCGCUCCUGGUUAAGCAUAAUCCAAGACUCGUCGCCUAUACAAAAAGCGCUGUAUUUUACACCUACAGAAAAUACCCCCAGCCAGGAAAAAGUCCAGAAUCCCUUAUUGGUAGAAGCAUUCCCAGCCCUUUUCAAACUCGUCGACCCCGGUAACCCGGAAGACGAUUAUGAGUACGAUGAACCCACCCUCGCCGCCUUCGACAUGAUGAAAAGUUCCUCCAAGCUAGCCGCGUAUCUACGACCAGAAGCAAGCUGGCGACGGAUGCUGCUCCAACAGCCCCCAGUGUGCAAAUUUGAGGUCUACUUCUAUUCGACUAAUGCAUUUGGGUUCACGCAUACGUUCUUUGAGGUUCCUGUAGGCGAUCCUGAAGAACAGGUGUCUCCUGAAGAUCCAAGAGGUUUUGCAGAUGGCUUGCGCAUGGGUGAUUUUUUUGAGGUGCUGGUGUUCGAUGACGAUGUCUAUUUUGCGACAUGUCGCCUGAAGCAUAUCAUAUGGUGGAAACGAAUCCCACAGCACGGGCUAUCAUUCUGGAAGGAGAUGGAACAUCUGAUGGGAAAGAAGGUCGCCUCUGAUAUCGUUGUCUCCCUCCGUUUUCAUUCAACUCAGUGUUUUAAUGAAUCUGAUGACGAUGAGACGCCAGAGGAUAUAAAGGCGCUGGAUCGGGUUAAAUCUGUGUACAGUGAGUUGGGGAUUCAGCCUAGGCGUUUGGGGAAGACCGAAAAAUGGAGCCAUUUCGAAUGGUGGGAAUAG